UCCUGUCAUUUCAUGUUUUGUAAACUAUUUGUUUCUACGACAUUUUUUGGUGACCAAAGUUUCUUUUUUUGUUGAUUUUACUAUGAAAACUUACUAAAACACCUAAUAUUUUGAACAUUUUCUCAUGACUACUAACAAAUAUGGAAUUACAAGCCCAGGAAUAUCUGAAACAAAAAAACUGGAUCCAAGCAAUAGACUUAUACAACAAACUCUUGUCAAAUAAGCAAAAUACACUUGAACAAGUUAUUUCCUAUCUUACAGACAGAGCCGAGUGUUUUAUGGAAAUUAACAACUAUCAGGCUGUAAUAGCCGAUUCAAAAAAUGUCAUAAAAUUGGUCCAGGACCACAAUAAUCAUAAUGUAUGCCUGGCCAGAAAAAGACUCAUUCAUUGUUUGUGUCUAUUGAAAAGAUUUGCUGAGGCAGAUAUCAUGGCUAGAGACUGGUUAAUAUAUUUACAAGAAUCAGAUAAUAAUAAAGAAGUUAGACCUCUUCUUGAAGGCAUAUUGGGAAGCUUUAUAAAUUGUACAAAUUCCAAACAAAAAUCUGUUAGUUUACUAAAGAUAUUAGAAACAAAUUUUACUAGUAACCCCAACACAUCCAUGAAGAUGGAAAUUCAUACGUGCAUCUACUGCAAUGUCUCGUUCCUGGAGAGGUGGGAUUUACGCGACCACUGCCAAACGGAAGCACACGAAAUGAUGGUCAUGUCCGACGAAGGACAUGACUGGUUCUGGCGCCCUCCACCUCGCGGAUUCAAAUCGGACACUUACAUGCUCUGUGAAAAUUGGAAAGAGACGGGCAGCUGUCGAUUUGGUAUACAAUGUGUACAGGCCCAUGGAGCAGAUGAACUUAUAGAAUGGAAGGAGAGGUUCCGAUACAGAGAAAUGAAGCUGCAGAGGGCAAGAGAAAAAGAACUCUUUGGUAAAUCUUAUACGGAAGAAUUGCUAGAUAAGUGGGUUCAGUCUGCCAACCCAAACACUUUGAUGCGGGACAAGAUAGAAGACGUAGAUGACUUUUGCUCUUGUUCUUUAUCGGCAACAGUCUCCUCUAAAAAUAGUUUGCACGAUUGGACUUUCUACCUGACAACAAAACGACCGUUGAAGGCCGUGGCUUUACUUCAGGACACCCACCGAAAUCACUUCUUCAUCUCAAGUAUUCUAAUAAAAAAUUGCAAGAUCGACCUUAAAAAUAAUCAAGAAUGGAUCUCCCCGCUUUUAACCCACGAUUCGUUGCUACCUGUCGAAUACAGGAUAAACGUCGUUUUCACCACUGGCAUAUUCGGAACUUUCAGACAGUCUGUCGUUUUCGAUUUCUCCUCCGAACCAGUACUAGUGAAACAUCUAUGCGUGGACGUCGUUCCAGAUUCUGAUCUCGAUAAAAUCAACGAAAUCCGCAAGGAAAUCACCGUCUCGAUAUCCGAAAGGUGGACUAUUAACAACUCCGACAUUCUCCCUUUUUAUUCCAAGUUGAUUCACGAUACUGCUAACGGCGAAUGGGAAAAAAACUUACAUUCUAUGUACCCCUACCCGCGAGUCGAAACAUUUCAACUGUCUCACGCCACAGUCGCCGAGAAGAAGUUCACGAGAAAUAACUACAGGGAAAGAAUGCACGAGCUGCUGUUUAUAGAAGAAAUGGCGAGAUACGACCUGAUCGCACGCUACAAUUUAACUACAAAAAUGCAAAUGACCCACUGCUAUAUCUUGUCGCCGAACAGCACCGCUUCUAGCACGGCCAAAUAUUCGAGUAACGGAGAAUUAUUCGCUUCGGUGAGCUUGGGAAAGGAAUUGUCGGAGGACACGUCCGAAGGCAGGCUCAUUUUGAUGCACUGCAAAACCAUUUAUUUCUGUCCGACUUCUAUGCAGAGCAGGCGGAGGGUGUACCAAGCUCUAAUCGAGGACAAAGGCAAAAACAUGGUGUACCUGAGGUUAUCCUCGCAGACGGUUCAAGAGUUAGGCCUGACGCGCGAUUCCGAGCUAGAAGUACAAAUACAGUUUCAAUUAAAUCGGAUACCUUACUGCGAAUGGCAUUACACGUUGGACAAAAUGCCUACUUUCAGGACCAUCUUCCCUGAAACUUACUUGGAACCGACCAUACCUUGGUCGCCUUCCAGACAGUGGAAUAAAAAUUUAGAUCGCAGGUUGAACGUCCGACAGAAAGAAGCCAUAUUAGCCAUCACCACACCCCUGACCAUUCAACUACCUCCGAUACUGGUCAUCGGCCCUUACGGGACAGGGAAAACGUUUACUUUAGCGCAGGCUAUCAGGGAGUUGAUCAAGGAACCCUCGAAUAGGAUUCUGUUGUGUACUCAUUCGAAUAGCGCCGCCGAUUUGUAUAUAAAGGAUUACUUGGAUCCCUGGGUCGAAGGGGGCGAAGAGAGCGCAAGGCCGAUAAGGAUCUACUAUAAGCAACGUUGGGUCGCCACCGUGCAUCCGAUAGUGCAAAAGUAUUGUCUCAUAAAAAACGACGGAAGCACAAGAUCCUUCGAAAUCCCCUCACUGGAAGACAUCGUAAAGCACAAAAUAACCGUCGUUACUUUGUCGACGUCCAUCUACCUGACGGCCAUGGGCAUACCUCAAGGGUUCUUUACGCACAUCCUUAUAGACGAGGCUGCCCAGGCGAUAGAGUGCGAAACUAUAAUGCCACUCACGAUGGCCACGGAAAAGACUAGAAUAGCACUAGCCGGAGACCACAUGCAGCUCGGUCCGACCAUAUUUUCGACGUUCGCAAAGGACCGCAACCUUCAUAUAUCCCUACUAGAACGACUUUAUGACCAUUACCCCUCUCCGUAUUCGUGCAAAGUUAUGUUGUGCGAGAACUAUCGAGCACACGAGAGCAUAAUACAGUUCACCUCGGAAUCGUUUUACGAGCAAAAGCUGUUCACACGUCAUAAACAGCCUAGACACGCAAAGUUUUACCCUCUCACGUUUUUUACUACCAGAGGCGAGGACGUGCAGGACAAGAAUUCGACGGCGUUUUAUAACAAUUCUGAAGUAUACGAGGUCGUAGAACGAGUAUUAGAACUGAAGCAUAACUGGCCCGAAGACUGGGGAGCUUUCAACGAUCAAGCCAUCGGCAUCGUCACGCCUUAUUCCGACCAGGUGUUCAGGAUACGAUCGGAGCUCAGGAAGAGGCGGAUAGAUGACGUUUGCGUGGAGAGGGUGCUGAACGUGCAAGGGAAACAAUUCCGUGCAAUAAUACUGUCGACCGUGCGUACAAGAAAGACCUGCAGCAACCAGUCUUCUGUGGGCGAGGUCGAGUAUGGGUUCCUGUCAAAUUUGAAGCUUCUCAACACGGCGAUAACCAGGGCGCAAAGUUUGGUUGCCGUCGUUGGAGAUCCCAUAGCGCUCUGUUCUGUGGGGCGGUGCAGUAAGGUGUGGGAGCGUUUCAUUCAGAUCUGCAAGGAUAACGAGAGUCUCUUUGGUAUCACGUGGACUCAGCUUAAGUUACAACUGGACGGCAUUGAACUGAAGAAAAUCUACACACUAAACCCGUUGGCCCCCGAAUUUAUCCCGAGGAAAUACAGGGAAAUGGGGAUCGUACCGGGGGCCGUCAAAAUAGAAACUAGUUUACCGAAAGAAGUUUUCCCUCUACCUGUCCCGAUUCACGACUAUAGGUUAUACCCAUCGCUGAUCUACCCCCAGCAACCGAGACCGUUCUUGUUCAACAUACCACCGGCGGUGCCCAACGUAGUACCAGCAACCGUGGCGCAAAUCCCACCUCUCAGUACUGUCCCUCCGCCAGUUCGAGUGGGAAAUCCCAUAGUCGUCGCGCCAAGACUGAUUCCUCCCGUCACGCAAGCGAUGCCGUUGCCCAAAAACGGGCAGGUGACCGACACUCCGACUCCGACGAAAGCCAUACCACCAAAGCCGGCAGUCGUUCAAUCCAACAACAGACUGAUACAGUUCCUGAACAACGUGCAUUUUCCAGAAGCGAACGUGUUGAACGAUUGCGUGAAUCUAUUACCCCAAAACAUGUGCCUGGCGGAUAUGCUGCUGCAGCCUCCGAUUCUGCAGGAAAGGUGGUACAACUACUUAAAAGAGAGCACCGGAUACGAGGCCGCGGAAAAAUUCAAGUAUCUCCUAUUCACCACGAACCAAAAAGGUACGAAGGUGUUCGAUAAGAGCUUAUUCGAGAGAUCUACCCCUCAACCAUGCGAAUCUCCGACUUUCAACUGGUACGACAGUCCGACUAACCAAAUAAACUUCAACAAACCGGUGUACAUGACGGAGAAUAUACCGAGCGAUUGCAGAAGUCGUUCCCGACAGAACGGAUUGGUUUAUAAGUGGGACCCGCAGUUCGUGAAAAAGGUCUCGAAUAGCGCCCCCAACGGCCUGUCGUCGAACAUGACCGAAACCGAACUGCAGAGGCACAUAAACGAGGAAUUCGCCAACCUGAAUGUUGCGGGUAGUGACAUAAACGAGGUGUUUGCGGCGCUUACCGUGAAAAGUGAGUCGUUGAGGGUGGGGGCUCAGAAAGUCUCCGGCCCCCGUUUCUACAAAUAUUUUCACUAGGUCUCGAGACGGCGAUUAAUUUGUAUAUUGUAAAUAGGACUUGUAAAAUGUUCGAUUGUCUAGCGUGUAGAUUUCAUUUUUUUAUUAUAUUUAUAUGUUGAUCUUUAUAUAUUGUACUUAUUAAUUUAAGAUAUAUUU